AUGUCAAGAUCUUCUCAAGUAGUCACUCAAUUUCCAGCAUUAGAUCAUGAGCCAAGGGGCAAUGGUGAGUUCUAUUUUGAAAAAAAAAACAUCUGCUCCGAAAAAAGGUACAAUAACAAGUUAGUGACUCACUUUUAUGCAAAACCACAACCUCAAUCCACUUUAUUAAAUAUGGGUAAACAUACUUAUUGAUCUAGAUGUUUACCUUUUCUGUGAGGGUGAACAAAACAAAACAAAGCGUAUCGAAUUUCAGGACCACCGCCGUCAUAUCGAAAUGUUGCAGCAACUGAAGAUUCGUGGAGCACUGUAUCAGGAUCUGAUCGUGAGUUUGGAAAAUUGAGAUUUGUAGGGGGAAAGGACUCGAUUGAGUUGUUAUGAUAAUUAAAAAUCCCAGGGAUCCGAGCUUGGCUUUACUAUGAUUCAUAACCCCGAAACCUACGUGACAGUAACCUUGUGAGCUAUAAAAUAUCAAAUGAACUAUUUUUUCGAAAUGAACACUUUCACCUCUAUAAUUAUUUACAGAAGGCGUCGGCAAACGUCGGUCAAGCUGGAACAAUUUGGUGGAAGUUGGCGGUGAUCCGCGUGUUUCUAUGCAACCGGCUCCACACCACACCGUUCAUCAUCAACCACCAACAACAACCACAUUUUCUGCGACACCAUCGAGAACAUCUUCCGAUUUCGCAAUCCCUGCUACAGUCUAUCAUUCACAGGUUACGGUAUGUGUUUUGUUGAAGCUUGGAACUUUUUUUUUUCUGUAAUUCAAAAGGGUUUGUAGGAAGUAGCACAUUUACAUGAUCAAAUACGAAGUGUUCAAUAUAUUGACGAUGCUAGUUGUUCUUCUAGUACUAAGAGUACUGUAGCUGGAAAGGUUAGUAGUAAUUGUACUAACCUUUCUAGCAUGCUAUCGUUAAAAAACUAAAAUAAGUAAAUUUUCCAGGCCACCGGUCAGGCAUUGCCAAUGCAAAAAGUAUAUUCAAAUGAGCCAAGAUUAGUGUCAAUUCCAAAACCAGCUGGAACAUUUCACACUGGAAGUGUGCCUGCUUCAAGAAGUGGAUCUGUUAUGACAGGACUUAAUCCAUCUCCACCAAUUAUUCAUAAGAGUAUGCGAUCAAUCGAUUCGAAACAAUCGAAACCGAAAAAAAAUCGACUUCAAGAUUGUAAAAAUUUGUGAGUUUUUGGAAAAGAUUUCAGUGAAUUACAAAUUGUUUGUUUGCAGUCUUACGAAUCCCCGAGUUAUCGGAUGUUCUCUCUGCCUUCUCCUCGCUUUAAUCAUCGCUGUUAUCAUAAUCGUUGUUCUCACUCAAGUCUUACCAUCUCCAAAAAAUGCAACAUUUACAUGGAUCGCUCCCGCCGCAUUUACAAACGGACAAAAUGUAUCAUCAACAAUUGAUAUGAAGACUGAAAAUACGAAUCGAAUUCGAUUCCAAAUGACAGGAGCGAUACCAAUGAAAGGAAACUUUAUUAAUUAUUAUGAUUUUGAUCGGGUAAGUUAAAAUAUAUAAAUAAAUUCAGUGUAAGUUUCAAUUAAUGUGUAUUUUUUUCAGAACCAAGUUGUUGUAAUUGAUUCAGCUCUUCAAUCAAAUGGCAAAAAUUUAUACUGUUUCAUAGUUCCACUAGAUCGAUCUGCAAUGCCUUCAAGUGGACAAGUUAGGAAAGCAGCUAAGAAUUCCGUUCAAAGACAUCAGCAAACCGAAGGUUGGGCUGAAUCCUGGACUUGGAUGCCUUCACCAAUUCAAACACAACAAGGAAGCAAUAAUGUAAGACUUCUGUUUUAAGUUUACCAUAUUGAUAGAAAUUAUUGUAGAGUUUCUUCAACCCAGUAAUCCCGGAGUGUAACGGUGCUCGAUUAGUCAAUCUCCAACAAACAUCGAACCAACAAAAUCGAAAAUGCAUAGAUUGUUAUGAUUUCUGCCUCCCAUCUUAUGGAAUAAUGCGUGACUCAUCGAAGAGCAACGAAGAAUAUUUGAAUAUAAAUCGUCGUGAUUGUUUCUAUUUAUUCGUUCCAGAAUGGCGAACUUUUGCGCAAGCGAAUUCAAUCGAACAAAAUCAACAAGAUUUUGAAUCGUAUUAUAGAAAUCGGCAACAUCUUCAAACAUCCAAUUAUAAUGGAAAUGAUAGCAGAUGGAUUCCAUUAAGCGGAAUGGGAAGACAAUUGAUGAAUGCAACUGGAAACUUUGCUGGACAAGUUGGAAAUACAAUUGGAGGAUAUGCACAGAAUUUGGGGAAUACUGUAGGAGGUUAUGCGCAAAAUGUUAUGAAUACUGUAACUGGACAAAAUCAAAAUGGAAAUCAGAACGGAUAUCCAAAUCAGCAACAACAAAAUGGGCAAUAUCAAGGUCCAAUGAUGCCAAAUCAAUAUGGUCAAAACCAACAAAAUCAGAUGGGAAUUUCACCGAACGGACAACCACAACAACCACAAUUACAAUUACCACAAAAUGGAAAUCAGCAGCAACAACAACAACAAACUCAACAAGGUUUCCAUCCAGCCGUGAAUGGAAUUGUUAAUUUGAACGGUGUUAACGGAAAUAACGGAAACAAUGAGUAUAAUCAGCAACAACAGCCAGCUCAAACACAAAAUGGAUAUCAACCUGAUGUUAGAAGAAAUGCACAGACUUUUAGAAGUAAUGUGAACAGUGGAUAUACCGUUCAACCGUAAGUUUUUUCAGAUUUAAUUUGGUACCUGAAAAGUUUUUUGAGAAUAUAUCUUUCUUGGUUCAAGCUCAAAUAUAAAAUCCACCAUGUUCUCAAAUCCUAUUUGAAUACGUUUCACAGAUAUUUUAUUAAAUUAUUGCAAUUUGAUGUUGUUAAUCAUCAAAUUGAGUCGUUUUCAAGUUUUAAAAAUUUUCAAAAUUUGUCCUGAAUCAGGUUCUCCGAAUAACAUUUUAAGAUCUUAUUUUAUUUUAUUUUCAGACAACAUGUUUCAAAUGGUAAUUCCCAACAACAACAGCAAUCAAUGAACGGUUUCGGAGCUCAACCAAGUUAUCAAAACUCGCAAUUCGGCUUCAAUCCAAAUCCAAAUGCCAAUGGAAAUGAUCCAAGAAAUCAACAGCAAAAGCAAAAUCAAAAUGGGUAUAAUAGUAAUCACCAGGGCGCUAAAAUUGGAACAGUUUUGAAUGCUUUUGGAAAUCCAGUGAAUAUUCAUGGUGAAGGAAAUACUCAGCAGCAGCAACAGAAUAAUCAACAGCCGCAACAAAUGCAUCCACAGCAACCACAGAUCCAGAAUACUGGCUUCUCAAAUUUCCAAACAUCUAUGGGACUUGCUGAAACACCAUUCCAGAUUCCGCAAUCAUUAGUGAGUUUAAAAAAAACUUUUCUCAAGUAAUCUAUCAAAUGAUCUCAACGAUUUUUAGCUUCAACAAACUUCCCAAUACACGCCAGAUGUUCAACAAAUAAAUUACAAUAUUCCAAACUGGAAUCAACCGAAUCGUCCUGACGCACUUUCCAGACAAGGAAGAAUAUUCAAGUAA